UGUCGAAUUGCAGUUCAAAGUAAACAUUGAAUAACUUAAGACAGAUAAAACAGUUCUAGUAAAUCGAUCAAACAAACAAAGUGAAUAGCCAUUGCAAAAGUUUAAAGGAAUACAAAAUCAAUUGAAAGGGAAAUACAAAACCUUAUAAAAGUCAAAAAUAAAAAAAAUCAGUUGCAAGUUGCAGCGAGAACGUCAUCAAAACCCCUUUGAGCCAAUAAUGUCUUCUCAGGACUUGUCCAAGCCAAGUCCCUUGGAUGAGGUGAAAUUUGCAGGCGGCCGCUAUGACAAACAAUUCAAUCCAACCUUGCAAUUUCAUAAAAUAAUCGUAGAGCAACCUGAAGAUGAAGUUGACUUCAGCAGCGGCUUCGAGACACAAUAUGAACAAGAAUAUCGACCUCUUAAACCCAAGGUUAUCGUACCAGACAAACAAAAUCCCAAAACUUUAUGGUAUCACGAUUUAAAAACCAUACUUUUGGUUGCCCUAUUAAUUGUCAUCUUUCUUUUGGGCACUAUACUACUGACUAUAUUGGUGUUCACUUCUGAUCCUCUGUAUGUCUUUGCCAUCAUUUCCGUUUAUCUGAUAUUGACCAUUACAGGGGUUAUCGUAGAAGUGAAGAGCAUACAUCUGCGUUGAAGGAGAGAGGAAAUGAAUUUGGAGCUUUUUUUUUAAAUGAGCAGUGAUGAAAAAGUGAUUUUUUUUUAAUUGUGUUAACAUUUUUGUUUGUUUUUUAUUAUUUUUUUUUAACAAAUUAUGGUUUAAUUUAUUAAUGUAACUAAAAAU